AUGAAAGGAGGAAAUAUUUAUAGCUUCAGAGGCAGACCUGUUUCUGUAGCAUUAGCCCUAGUUGUUCUUGUUCUUUUUAGCACAUUACUCUGGACUUGGGAAACAAAUCCUAUAGCCAACACUUUUAGAUCAGCUCAAGAAUGGUACCACUUACCUUCAGACUUUCAUAUGGAACUCCCAAUUGAUUCAGUGGGAACAACAAAGCCGAGAAAAGGCGUGGAAAAAUCCUUAACCCCCUCCCGAGUAAAUGAAACAAAAUUGCAUCUUGGUAUCAAGGGUGCUGCAGCUGUAGAUUCUAUACGUCCCCAAUCUCCGGCUUUUUCACACAAAAAAGAUUUGAAGUCUUCUUCCAGAAAUGAAGCUUGUGAUUACGCCAAUGGUAAGUGGGUUGCAGAUAGCAGGAGACCACUCUAUUCUGGUUUCAACUGUAAGCAAUGGUUAUCAUCAAUGUGGUCUUGUAGAAUGACACCACGACCAGAUUUCUCAUUUGAGGGAUACCGCUGGCAGCCGAAAAAUUGCGACAUGCAAGAGUUUGACCGGUCUAAGUUCUUGAGAAAGAUGAAGGACAAAACAAUUGCAUUCAUAGGUGAUUCAUUGGGCCGCCAACAAUUUCAAUCUCUGAUGUGUAUGGCCACUGGUGGAGAAGAUAGUCCAGAAGUUGAAAACGUGGGGUGGGAAUAUGGUCUUGUAAAACACCGUGGAGCUAUACGUCCUGAUGGAUGGGCUUACAGAUUUCCCAAGACAAAUACCACCAUUCUAUAUUAUUGGACACCAUUGGAACCGUGGGAAGCUCAACGGAAACAGCUCAAAGUUUUCUUCCGAACUUUAUCUCCUAGGCAUUUCUUCAACGGAGAUUGGAAUACCGGUGGGAGCUGUGAUAACACUAUCCCAUUAUCAAAUGGUAGCGAGGUCUCGCAGAAAGGAUCCAGUGAUCCAGUUAUUGAGGCUGCACUAAAGGGUACAAAGAUUAAGAUCUUGGAUAUAACCCCUCUUUCGCAAUUAAGGGACGAAGCUCACAUGUCCCGCUACACUCUUAGAGGAACUGUUAAUGCUAGUGACUGUUUGCAUUGGUGCUUGCCUGGAAUUCCAGAUACAUGGAAUGAACUCCUAGUUACUCAGCUAUAG